CAAAACAUUUUGUUUAUUUUUCGUUUCAAAUAGAACCACUUCCAUCUAGCUAAUCUAAGCACCAGUGCACACCACCUACCAGUCUUGGGUUGGGGUCUUGGGGAAAGGGGUAAGUAAGAAGCUUUCAGUUAGAUCCGUGAUUAAAAUCAUACUCCUAAUCUCAAAUUCAAUCAACAAAUAUAACAACAGAGUUCCACGAUUAACAACAAAACGCUGCGUUUAAGCAACUGUUGCAGUUGGAGAAGAAGCACAGGCAGCAAAGCAUGAGGAAUCGCUGAGUUGACUCGACUCAGCAGAGCGAGCGAUUCCAUGGAGGAACAGAAUCACUGCUUCGACUGCCUCCAACGUCGAAUCAACUCGGAUUUCUCUGACCAACUCGUCUUCAACUAUGCCAUCUCCACUUCUGCUUUUCCUUUCGGCUCCUCAGCUAUCGUUCAUGUUUCUGGUACUGAAGCAUCGGGCAGUCAAUUCAUCUUGCAGUACAUGCCCGGUCACGACAAGAAUUGUUUUGUCAAUUAUGUAAAUGAAUAUAUUUUGGAUAGUAGUAGUGAAAGCACUAGGAGUAAUGAUCAUGAUAUUGGAGGCAAUCAAUAUAAUGAUGAGAUUAAUGGUGGAAUUGCUAUAUCUGUUGCUUCUGAAACUGGAAAUGCUACUUCCGGAAACACGUCGUGUAAUCAUUCUGGAAGGUUUUCUUGCUCCAGGACAAUCACCUCACUUGCCCCCAUUGCUCGGGUCGGAAUGUCUUCGUAUUCUACGUUUCAAGAGGUUGCCGCUGAUUUCUUGUCCGGUUUAAGCGAAGAUCAUGUGUUAGAGUCGCUUGAUCUCUUCAUUGCAGGGAAAGCGUCUGGACGGGACUGUGUAAAUUUUCUUAGGUUACUUGGGCUGCCUUCAUUUGAGAAAGAUACUUUUCCAGGCUCUUUGAGGCAUCCAAACAUAGCUCCUGUUCUUGGAAUUUUGAAAACAUCUGAUUACAUUAACAUGGUGCUUCCAAAGACUCCAUACAACUUGGAAAGUAUUCUUCAUUUUAACCCCGGUGCGUUGAAAUCUGAUUGGAAUAGAAGAUUUCUUAUAUAUCAGCUACUCUCAGCCUUAUUGUACUUGCACGGUCUAGGGGUUUCGCAUGGUAAUAUAUGCCCUUCCAAUAUCUUGUUGACGGACUCGUUGUGGUCUUGGCUGAGAUUGUGGAAUGAACCUGUGUUGGAAUCAAGUUUAACUUCGCAAAAGAGUGAAAGGGUUGAUUCUAAACCUGCAAAAACCGGUUGCUGUAAUGGUGGCUGUCAUUCUAAUGAUCUUUAUGCUGAUCUGAAGCUUUCUCCAUCGAUAGAUUGGAAUUGUAGCUUUCAUCAGUGGUGGAGAGGGGAACUAAGUAAUUUCGAGUAUUUACUUAUCUUAAACAGACUAGCAGGAAGAAGGUGGGGUGACCAUACAUUUCAUCCUGUAAUGCCUUGGGUAAUUGAUUUUAGCUCCAAGCCUGAUGAUAAUUGUGAUGCAGGAUGGCGGGACUUAAACAAGAGCAAAUGGCGCCUGGCAAAAGGUGAUGAACAGUUGGAUUUCACCUAUUCAACAUCUGAAAUCCCUCAUCAUGUAUCAGAUGAAUGUCUGUCUGAAUUGGCUGUCUGCAGUUAUAAAGCAAGAAGGCUGCCUUUGAGCGUUCUUCGAAUGGCUGUUCGUUCAGUGUAUGAACCUAAUGAAUAUCCUUCCACAAUGCAAAGGCUUUAUCAAUGGACCCCUGAUGAAUGCAUUCCGGAGUUUUACUGUGAUGCCCUAAUUUUUAGGUCAAUACAUGAUGGUAUGGCUGAUUUGGCUGUACCUUCUUGGGCAGAGAGUCCCGAGGAUUUCAUUAAAUUGCACCGUGACGCAUUAGAAAGUGAUAGGGUGUCAUUUCAACUACACCAUUGGAUAGAUAUAAUCUUUGGGUACAAAAUGUCUGGCCACGCAGCAGUUAUUGCUAAGAAUGUUAUGCUUCCUUUAUCGGAACCCACAAUGCCAAGAUCUACUGGACGUCGUCAGCUCUUUACACAACCGCACCCCAUUCGUCACGCUACUUCUAGAAUAACACGUCAUGGUUCCAACAAAUAUGCCAAAGUUUGGAGUGAAGCACAUGAAAUGCAGCGAGAGACAUCUCUUCUAUCUGAAACUGCUUAUCUACAAGAACUAGAGCAAGCAUCUGCAUUUUCAGAACAUGCUAGGCAUUUGAAUGCUUGUUAUCGUUAUCCACUAAAUCAUAUUAAAGGGAAGAACAUCUCAUCUUUGGGAGAUCCAGCACCAGAGACAUUUAGUAAAAACAUAAGUGAACUAUCUUUGGUAAACAGAAAUUAUUGGGUUCCAUAUAAAAUGAAUCUGAUCUCCUUUCUUCAACACAUGAAAGAGGAAGAUGAAGGCUCCUCAGGAUAUCCAGACUUUCUGCUUUGGAGGCAGAAAUUAUCUUCUUCAAGACUUGACUCUGAAGAUGUUGCUAGGGACAUAUUUUCUGUUGGUUGUCUCUUAGCUGAGCUUCAUCUUUGCAGGCCCCUCUUCGAUUCAAUUUCAUUGGCAAUGUACUUGGAGGAUGGAGCCUUACCAGGAUUUCUACAGGAACUGCCUCCUCAUGUUAGAUUACUUGUUGAAGCAUGCAUCCAAAAGGAUUGGACGAGGAGGCCAUCAGCCAAAAUUCUUCUUGAAUCCCCUUAUUUCCCAAAGACAGUCAAGUCCUCCUACUUGUUUCUUGCCCCACUUCAGCUUGUAUCUAAAGAUGAAACUCGGCUCCGUUAUGCUGCAAAUCUUGCAAAGCAGGGGGCUCUCAGAGAAAUGGGUGCAUUUGCAACUGAAAUGUGUGCUACUUAUUGCUUACCACUUAUAGUGACCGCUGUUAAUGAUACCGAAGCUGAAUGGGCAUAUAUACUACUGGAGGAACUAAUGAAAUGCUUAACAGCACAAGCAGUAAAAACAUUAAUAUUGCCAACCGUACAGAAAAUUUUACAGACAGCAGGUUGUUUGCAUUUAAAGGUUUCCCUUUUACAAGAUUCAUUUGUACGGGAAAUAUGGAAUCGAGUUGGUAAACAGGCAUACCUGGCAACUGUUCACCCGUUGGUCUUGUCAAAUUUGUAUAUUUAUCCAGAUAAAAGUUCAGCUGCCUCUGCUUCAGUGCUUCUAAUCGGUUCUAGUGAAGAGAUUGGUGUUCCGAUUACCAUUCAUCAGACCAUCUUGCCCCUUGUUCACUGCUUUGGGAAAGGACUGUGUUCAGAUGGCCUUGAUGUGCUAGUCAGAAUUGGUGGUAUAUUUGGGGAAUCCUUUAUUGUUAAACAGAUGCUACCAUUGCUGAAAAAUGUUGUUCGUUCCUUCACUGAUGUGUCAUGCAUGAAUAAGCCUGAUCCUGUUCAGAGUUGGAGUGCUUUAGCACUUAUUGAUUGUAUGAUCACUUUGGAUGGCCUUGCAGCUUUCUUGACAGAAGAGGUCAUUGUAAAAGAGCUGCUAGCAGACGUAAGUUGCAUACAUAUUGGGAUUCUCAUGCAGAAACAUAUGGAAAUUGCAGUGCUUCAGGUUGCUGCUACUACUCUCUUUGGAAUUUGUCAGCGGAUUGGGGCAGAUUUGACAGCAUUGCAUAUUCUUCCAAAGCUUAAAGAAUUAUUUGAUGAACUUGCUUUCUCCCAGGAAAUUUCUAAAGGUUCGACUACUGUUGGCAGAAACUUGAAGGUUACCAAAUUAAAAUUUGGAGGGGACUUGCAAAUUGAAAGUCGUAUGGACCUAGUGUUGCUUCUCUAUCCUUCCUUUGCAUCUCUUCUUGGGAUAGAGAAACUUCGUCAAUGUUGUACUACAUGGUUGCUUCUUGAACAAUUUCUUCUACGCCAUCAUAAUUGGAAGUGGGAAUAUGCAGGAGAAUCAUCAAAAAAUGGCUCAGAAAAUUUUAUUGCCAGAAGACAUGCGAUUUCCCGGGGAUUCACAUCUGAAUACAAUCCAGCAAAGCUGUUGCUUAAUGGUGUUGGAUGGUCAAUUCCACAAUCCCAAGGUAGUAAAAGUGCCAAAAAUUUGAAUCCUCAGAGACGGUCAUUCAAAGUUCAGCAGAGCCCAGUAGUAAUGCAUGAAGGAAUGUCAUGCCAAGUGAACCUUGAACCCUGGUUUUGGUUCCCUAGUCCAUCCACCAUCUGGGAUGGGCCUGAAUUUCUUGGGCGGGUUGGGGUUCAGAAAGAAGACCUUCCAUGGAAGAUUAGAGCAUCUGUACUUCACUCUAUACGGGCACAUCAUGGAGCAGUGAGGUCUCUGGCUGUUGAUCAGGAUGAAUGUAUAGUUUUUACUGCAGGAAUUGGCCAAGGAUAUAAAGGCACUGUUCAGAAGUGGGAAUUAAGCCGAACUAACUGUCUGUCAGGCUAUUAUGGCCAUGAGGAGGUGGUAAACGAUAUUUGCAUCUUAUCUUCUAGUGGAAGAGUGGCAUCUUGUGAUGGAACAAUUCAUAUUUGGAAUAGUCAAACAGGGAAGCAAAUAUCAGUUUUUGCCGAGUCCCAAACAGAAUCUGGCUAUCCUACAAACCAUCAACCCUCUGUGCCAAAAAUUAACAGUGACCAGGCAAAUGUCCUUAAUUUGAAUACACUAUCAAGUGGAAUAUUGUCUAGUGCUUUUGACUCAAGCCUUUAUACUUGUAUGCAUCUAUUAGACUCUGCUGAAACUCUUGUAGUCGGCACUGGAAAUGGUUCUCUCAGGUUUAUUGAUGUUGCUCGAGGUCAAAAGCUUCAUAUUUGGAGGGGGGAAUCUAAUGAUUCUAGUUUUCCUUCACUUAUUUCUGCCAUUUGUUCCUCGGGUUCUAACAAAAUCCAAGCAGGUGGUAUUCCCACUUUGUCAUCUUUGAUUGCAACUGGACUAAGUUCUGGUCACUGUAAAUUAUUUGAUGCUAAGAGUGGAAAUGUCAUUGCCUCUUGGCGAGCUCAUGAUGGAUAUGUAACAAAGUUGGCAUCACAUGACGAGCAUCUGCUCAUUUCCAGCUCUCUGGACAGAACUUUAAGAGUCUGGGACUUAAGAAUGAAUUUGCCAUUGCAGCCCAUUAUUUUCAGAGGUCAUUCUGAUGGCAUAUCCAAUUUCUGCAUUUGGGGCCAAGAUGUUAUUUCAAUUUCUCGAAAUAGGAUCGGGCUUCUUUCCUUGUCUAAAUGUGCCAGUGAAACAGAUGGGCAGCAUCACAUUAUCCCCCAGAAACUCUACGUUUCUGAUAAUGGAAUGAGAAGCUUGUCAGCAUUAUCAAGCAUUAGUAUACUACCAUUCUCUCGAUUGUUUCUGGUUGGAACAGAAGAUGGUUAUUUGAGAAUUUGUUGUUAAACAUGCUUCGUUGUUUUCAUCAUUAUCUUGGCAUCUGCAGUGGGGAAUUCAUUUGUAAAUCAUUAUGUCUUGUGUAAACAGCCAUGACAUACUAGUCACCAUAGUGAGAUUCACCUUGGAGAGUAAGGUAAGGAGUGCUUAUCAAAAAAAAAAAAAGGUAAGGAGUAAUAGUCAUUUGAUUGAAAAUUUGGGGUUGAGAUUUAAGAAACUCCAUGCUUUGCUAUACACAAUAUUGACCUUUGAUUUUUUUUAAUAAUGACAAUCAAAUUAAUCAUUAA